AUGAAUGUGAGUGUAAAUCUAUCAAAAAACGCCCGACAAAUUCAAACUGAAACUGAGAAUGAGCAGCAGAAGAAUUCAUAUGUCUCGAGACUUUUGGAACUUCCCGUUUCAAAACUUUUAGAGAAAUGUAGAUCAUCAGAGAUUACGGUAGAUGACCUUCCAAUUCUUGAGGAUGAUCAAUACUCAGCUAGAGUCAUGUCUGGAUUCAAAUGGAAGAGACGAGUAAUUAUCUCAAUUCUAAUGAAGUUCUGGAAAUCAUUUGCUUCUGCAUUUGCAUUCAGAAUCACUGCUAUAUUCGCAGAUUACGCUUCGAUUCUAUUAUUGAAGUACUUGAUUGAUUCAGCUGAAAUUUCAGCGGCUCUAUUCAACUUUUUUGUUAUCGCUGUCUUGAUUUUAUUCUUUAUGCAGUUAAAGUCUCUAUUACUCGGAGUUCAUACAUAUCUAGUGGGAGAGGAUAGCGCAUUGAUGGUUACUGUACUCAACAAUAUUAUAGUCAAGAAAGCUCUACAUCUAACAUCUGAAAAUAAUGAAUAUGGUCGCCCGAAAAUUACAAAACUUCUGACAACACAUUCAGAAGCGGUUUCAAAUGCUCUUACCUAUGUUCAUCAUUCAUGCUCUUCUCUAAUUGAACUGACGAUUGCAAUAUUCUGGAUUUGGGAAACGCUUGGGACUCGAACAAUUAUUGUUGUGUUGAUUGUCGCAUUGGUGUAUAUUGUCUUGAAUUUCAUUGACUCGUAUGUAUACAAAAAGAGUUUGAGAGUCCAACUUGGCUGUCGUGACCAGCGAGUGGAAUUUGAGAAGACUGUGCUGAACUCAAUGGAAACUAUCAAAAUGUUCUCGUGGGAAUCACAUUUCAUUCAGAAGUUGAAGGCGAUGAGAGGGAAAGAACUCUCCGUAUUCCGAAAGACUUUGUCAAUCAACAGUUUCAUGCACUCUCUGAAUGUGACUUCUCCAUUUGUGAUAUUCUUUGUCUGUUUCGCAGUUUAUGGACUUCAAUACGAGAUCAGUGGACUACGAUUUGAAGAUGCUUUUGUCUUAAUCGCGAUAUUCAAUUAUAUGAGAAGGCCACUUCAUCUCAUUAUUCCCUCUCUGGAAGCUGUGAAUAAGGCCCUCCACUCUGCCAACCGCAUCAACCAAUUCCUAAUCGUCAAGCAAUCUCCAAAAGUCAACUCCAAAAAUGCCCCUCUCCCACCUCUCGAACCGGACGUCGACAUCAAAAUCGAAGCAGCCAACUUCUCUUGGAACGAGAAAGAUGAUAUCAUGAAAGAUAUAUCAUUCCAAGUGAAAAAAGGAGAGAAACAUGCGUUCAUUGGAUUCCCAUUGUGUGGAAAGUCGUCACUUCUCUUCUCAAUUACUGGAGAGUUGAAGCUAACGAAAGGAAAGAUGUGGGUAUCGAAAGGAAUAUCAUUUGCACCUGCCAAUCCAUACAUUUUCUCUCAAUCUCUCAAAGAUAACAUCUUAUUUGGGAAUGAGUAUGUGAAAUCGAAAUAUGAUAAGGUUGUGGCUGCAUGUGAUUUGAAAAAAGAUAUAUUUUCCUUGCCAAGAUGUGAUGCAACAAUUUUAGGAGAUAAGGGUUUUAUCCUGACAUCAACUCAAAAAGGACAGAUUUCACUAGCAAGAUGUCUUUAUGAAGAUGCAGAUAUUUAUGCGUUGGAUAAAGCGUUUGCUCCGAUGGAUCGAGCCACAUCGAAGAAAGUUUUUCAGAGGGUCCUCGGCGAGAAUGGAUAUCUCCGCGAGAAGACUGUAAUUCUAGCCACUAACAACAUUGAGCUCAUCAAGACAUUCUCUACAGUUCAUGUUCUCAAAAAUGGAAAAAUUGAGACAAGCGGAAGUUAUGAGCAACUUCUGGAAGAGAGUGAAAUAAUGAAUGAAUUAUUGAAUCAGAGUAAAAUAGAUCAGAUUAUUGAGGAGAAGUAUUCAGAUGAAAAGAAACCUAGGAAGACAGUAAUGUUUGAUGAUAAAGUAUUGAAAAAGAAGAAGAAAAAGCAAUCAAUGGAAGACACCGCUCCAACAUUCGAGAACCGAAGUGUUUAUCCAUUUUAUUUCCGCAAUGGCUCAUUCAUUUUCUCUUCUCUCUACAUCUUACUCCUGGUUGCUCGAUUUGUCCUGCAGGCCUUCGCAUUCUUUUACGUCUCAUUUUGGCUUGAUCCAGUAUGGAGAAAGAACGAAUGUGACAAUUGUCCUCAAUAUAUGUUCCUUCAAAUGCUGUCUUUCCUGGCACUUUCUGCUAUUCUCUCAACUAUGCUUUCCUACACUUUCUAUGUUUUGACAAAUGUCGUAACUUCGAGACAGUUGUACAAGCACAUUACGAAUGCGAUGUUUGCUGUUCCAAUGAUAUUUUUAUCACAGAAUAAUAAGGAAUCACUGAUGCAUAUGCUCACUUCUGACCUGGAUAUUGUGGACACUCAAUUUCCACUAUUCUUCAAAGUUUCGUUCGAAAGUUGCCUCCACAUUCUGAUGAUUUUCUCAAUUGUUUGUGUCAAUGUCCCAGUUUUCGCAAUUUUUGUUGUGGCAUUCCUGAUCUUCCUUGUUGGACUUCUCAGAUAUUUCUUGCCGGCUCUUCACAAGAUUUCCAGUUUGGAAGAACAGAAGAGAGAUUUAUUUUUGUGUGGAUCAACUGAAGAUUUUGAAGCAAGACUGCUGGUUAGAACGUUUAUGAAGACCCGUCAAACCCUUGCAAAGACUAGUGAGAAUGCUGAUGUAUUGACAAGAUGCAGGGUGGCAAAGUCAUCUACUCUUAGAUGGCUCUCUCUAAGAACUGAGUUCAUCUCAAACUUGAUGAUCUGCAUGUGUUUUUUCAUUGCCUCCAUUUGCCUAAAAGUCAACUACAUCGGAAAUGCCCAAUUCGCUCUUUCAGUGGCCUCCAUCCUAUGUAUCAGCGAGUUGGUUUCCACUUUCAUUCGAACUACAUGCGGUCUCGAGUCUUUGAAACCUCAUGUUCAAAGGAUCAGUAAUGUGAGAGAGUAUCCAAAAGAGCCGUUGAUUGACCACUUGAACGUAUUCGCCAAUAAGUACAAACACGUCAUCAAAGACGUUUCAAUGAGCGUGGAAGAACGUGAAAAUUUGGGAAUAAUCGGAAAAGCUGGAUCUGGAAAAUCUCAGUUGGCAAUGACAUUGAUCUUGAUGAGCUCUGCUGAUAAUGAGAGUCAUAUUAUAGUAGACGAGUUGGAUAUUUUCGAAAUGAGUGUGAAAACCUUGAGAUCAAGGAUCACAGUUAUACCUCAGAACGCAAAAAUAUUCAAUGACACAUUGCGUUCCAAUAUUGAUCCAUGUUGCCAAUUUGCUGAUAGUGAUAUUUGGUUGGCAAUCGAAGCAUGUCAGUUGAGAGAAUAUGUGAGAAGUCUACCUGAUGGACUACAUCAAAUGGUUUCUGCUGAAUCAAUGACUAAUGAACAGAAGAGUCAAGUGAAUGUAUGCAGAGCACUUCUGAAAGGAGGGCAGAUUUUCGUGAUUGAUCAAGCCACAAAGUUGAUGAAUGAGCCAACGAAGUCGUUGGUAAAUGAGACCCUCCGACAAAGCUUAAAACAAAGCACAACCAUCUGGAUUGGCGAAGACUUUGCCGAUGUGGAACAUUGCGAUAGAGUUGUUGUAAUUGAGAACGGAGUAAUUCUCACAACAGAUACCCCGCAGAACUUGAUUUCUGAAUUCGGAUCCCUUCAAAAGUGCCUUUUGAAUCUUUCGAAUUAA